CAGCCGACUUGUGGGCAUUACGAAUGCGAAGACGCCACAUAUCGCCGGAACCCGGACGCUGGCGGUCACGCGUCGAGUGGUUCCAGACUGGCGGACUUGACAUCUUUGAUGAGGACCAGCAAGUUUGCGUAUGAGCGAGCGCCUCGUUGUCUCGCACCGAGAGGCCGGCAACACUGACGAGGACGGUUGUAGGUACCAAGAAGUUGCCCACUUUCUCUACAGCUCUACCACCUUCUCCUUCGCCAGCUUUGCCGAACUUGGCGCCUUCUUGGAUUGGAUCAACCCAGAAAACAUCGCGUCCAUCCGGUCCAUCAACCUGAUCGCACACAUGGUCCCCGACAGCGCCGAGUACUGCACGCAGCUGAUGAGGGGGAACUACUUCCGCGGCGACGGCUGGGACCACGUUGCGCUCCUGAAGCGCAUGCCGGGCCUCACAACGCUCGAGAUCGACUUUUUCCCGAGCGCGAUGCUGUCAUUUACCACACGAUUCAACGAGAUCAUGAAGCCACUCGAAGAACUGUCCGCGGAGACCGACAUCCGAGUGAGGCUGCCAAGGAUCUUCUACAACAAGGACAAGCGCGGACAGGGGCUGCCGAUCCUGCAGCAUGUCGAGGACAGGCCGGCGUUCUAUACGCUGCGACGCCCAGAGGCCGUGGGCGGAAAUCAGCUGGGGCGUUGCAAGGCAUACUGCGUGUUGUUUUAGAGAUAGGGUUCCUGAGUGGAACAGGUUGAUUCGGUCAGCUUGUUGUGCGUGUUUAGAUCUUCCAGCCUGUAAUGAUCCAGGAAUCUCUAGGUGGAACAGGCGGAAACGAUACGUCAGUCGAUGGUCCAAUGCCGACCACCCACACCCAGGGGGGAGGAAGAACAGCACUAUGGCAGGAUUUCCUCACAUCUAACCACUCCAGCGUUUAUGGCUCGUAUCGCGGGG